CGAAAAUCUCAUGUUGCAGCAUUCGACAUCAACGAUUUAGAAGUGAACCUGGUCUUUGAUAGUUUCUUCGUGUUUUUUCUGAAUUUCAAAAUUUUGGAUUGAAACUGAUGACAUUUGGUACGAUGAACGCCCAACAAGCACAUAAGGAACAUGUGUUGGCUGUGUCGAGAGAUUUUAUUUCACAGCCGAGGCUGACAUAUAAAACUGUUUCUGGUGUAAAUGGACCUUUGGUGAUCUUGGAUGAAGUUAAAUUCCCUAAGUAUGCUGAAAUUGUUCAAUUGAGAUUACAUGAUGGUACCCUACGAUCUGGCCAAGUACUCGAGGUGUCUGGUUCUAAAGCUGUGGUUCAGGUGUUUGAAGGUACAUCGGGUAUUGAUGCUAAGCAUACUCUUUGUGAGUUUACUGGAGAUAUUUUACGUACACCAGUGUCCGAAGAUAUGUUGGGACGUGUUUUCAAUGGCAGUGGAAAACCAAUAGAUAAAGGACCUCCUAUUUUGGCUGAAGAUUAUUUAGAUAUUCAAGGCCAACCGAUCAAUCCAUAUUCAAGAACAUAUCCUCAAGAAAUGAUUCAAACUGGUAUUUCAGCUAUUGAUAUUAUGAACUCUAUUGCUCGUGGACAAAAAAUUCCAAUAUUUUCGGCUGCAGGUUUACCACAUAAUGAGAUUGCUGCUCAAAUUUGCAGACAAGCUGGUCUUGUUAAACAACCUGGUAAAUCUGUUCUUGAUGAUCACGAAGACAAUUUUGCCAUAGUAUUUGCUGCUAUGGGUGUUAAUAUGGAAACUGCCAGAUUCUUUAAACAAGAUUUUGAGGAAAAUGGCUCAAUGGAGAAUGUUUGUUUGUUCUUGAAUUUAGCUAAUGAUCCUACUAUUGAACGUAUCAUUACACCACGUCUUGCUUUAACUGCUGCUGAAUUUUUAGCUUAUCAGUGUGAAAAGCAUGUCCUAGUUAUAUUAACUGACAUGAGUUCAUAUGCUGAAGCUUUAAGAGAAGUUUCUGCUGCUCGUGAAGAAGUACCUGGCCGUCGUGGUUUCCCUGGUUACAUGUACACCGAUUUAGCUACAAUUUAUGAACGGGCUGGACGUGUUGAAGGAAGAAAUGGUUCUAUCACACAAAUACCUAUUUUAACUAUGCCUAACGAUGAUAUUACUCAUCCAAUUCCUGAUUUAACGGGAUACAUUACUGAAGGUCAAAUAUAUGUUGACCGUCAAUUGCACAAUCGUCAAAUAUAUCCACCAAUUAAUGUAUUGCCAUCUCUGAGUAGGUUGAUGAAAUCUGCUAUUGGUGAAGGAAUGACUCGCAAAGAUCAUUCUGAUGUAUCAAAUCAGUUGUAUGCUUGUUAUGCAAUUGGUAAGGAUGUACAAGCAAUGAAAGCUGUUGUUGGAGAAGAAGCAUUAACCCCAGAUGAUCUUCUAUAUCUUGAAUUUUUAACUAAAUUUGAAAAAAAUUUCAUUACUCAAGGUAAUUAUGAGAAUCGUACAGUAUUUGAAUCUUUGGACAUUGGGUGGCAGUUAUUACGUAUUUUCCCUAAGGAAAUGUUAAAGAGAGUUCCAGCUGCUACGUUAGCUGAGUUUUACCCAAGAGAUUCCCGUCCAAAAUAAAUUAUUGCAUGAAUAUUUUAACCGUAGAUUAUUCAAAAUCUUCUAUGUUCAUUCUUCAUUGGUUCACCUUGUACAUUCCAUUAUGAAUAAAAAAUAACUACUGUAUUUUUCAAUAUGGUAAACAUAUGUAGAAAAUAGUUCAAUUCCCAUUUAAUUAAAGUCAUGUUAACAUUUUAAUAAGUAGUAAUAGUAUUUAUUAUUUUAUUAUAAAAAUUAUUGAUUAUUGAUAGAUAUUAUUGUCAUAUUUCAAAAUGGGAAUCCAAGUGUUUUAGAUUAUCAGCAUAAUAAUUUGUAAGAGAAUGAUGUUAAUUUCUUUGAGGUAUUUUACCUUUUUAUUUUCGUUGUUGUGAAAUUAUUAUAUUCUAUUGAUUAAAAUUGGUUAAAAAAAUUA